AUGGCAGCACCUGUCAAAGUUCCCAGUACCGUCCCCUCCAAUAACUCGCUCGAUGUAGAGGGUGAAAAGGACACCUUUAGCACCCUACACAACGACGACACUCGCUCCAAUCUAUCCCACUCUCUGUUCCUCGGGCUCCGCGGCACCAAACUCCAGAAUGCCGUCUCCCUCCUCGCGGGUAUCGGAUUCCUCCUCUUCGGUUACGACCAAGGGGUCAUGGGCAGUUUGCUUACCCUUCCGGCCUUCCGCGACACCUUCAAAGACAUCGACGUGGUCAAGCACCCGUCCAACGCAACCUUACAAGGCUUUGUGAUUGCCGUGUAUGAAAUCGGGUGUCUCGCCGGCGCCUUGGCCACGAUGUAUUUCGGCGAUCGCUUCGGGCGCCUCAAGAUGAUCUUCUACGGUUGCUGGAUCAUGUUAAUCGGAGCCAUUUUGCAGACCUCCGCUUACGGAAUUGCGCAGUUGAUCGUUGCACGGGUUGUAUCGGGGGUUGGAAACGGGUUCAUCACAUCCACCGUGCCCAUGUGGCAGUCUGAAUGCGCCAGGCCGGAAAACAGAGGAAAGAUGGUGAUUAUGCAGUGCAGCUUGAUCACCCUUGGGAUUACCAUCUCUUACUGGAUCGAUUUUGGCUUCUAUUUCGUCAAGGACAGCUCGGCUGCCUGGAGAUUUCCGAUUGCCUUCCAGUUGGUGUUUAUUGUGUUGAUUCUUCCGUUGGUUAUGAAGUUACCCGAAUCCCCAAGAUGGUUGAUGAAACGCGGAAGAGUGGAAGAUGCUAGACGCGUUUUUGCGGCCCUUGAGGGCUGCGAUAUUCACUCCGAGUUUGUCGAGGCCGAGAUCUUGGACGUCUCCAAUAGUUUAAAGGAAGAAGAAGCAGAGGUUGUGGCACAGGGAGGUGAUGCAUCCAUGUCGGCCUUUGCCAACAUGAAAAUCAUGUUCCGUCAGGGAAAACACAAAAACUUUCACCGUGUCAUGUUGGGGGUGUGGUCGCAGAUCAUGCAACAAAUUACCGGUAUCAACUUGAUCACCUACUAUGCGGGCACCAUUUUUGAGAGCUACAUCGGGAUGUCACCCUUAAACUCGCGUAUCUUAGCUGCUUGUAACGGUACGGAGUACUUUUUGUUCUCUUGGGUCGCCUACUUCACCAUUGAGAGGUUUGGUCGUCGCAAGCUUAUGCUAUUUGGGUGCCUCGGCCAGACGGCGUCGAUGGCCAUAUUGACUGGGACCACCUGGGCCGCCGAUAUCCACAACGGUAACAACUCUCACGCUGCCAUCGUGGCUGCGGUUUUCCUCUUUGUCUUCAACUCCUUCUUCGCCGUGGGCUGGUUGGGAAUGACGUGGUUGUACCCCGCCGAGAUUGUCCCCUUGAGUAUUAGAGCGCCCGCCAAUGGUUUAAGUACCGCUGCUAACUGGUCGUUCAACUUUAUGGUGGUGAUGAUCACUCCGGUGGCGUUUGAGACCAUCGGAUCGUACACCUACACCAUUUUUGCCGUGAUGAACUUCUUGAUGAUUCCCGUGGUAUACUUCUUGUACCCAGAAACUGCCGGGAGAAGCUUGGAGGAGAUGGACAAGAUCUUUUCAGAGCUGAACCCGAUGACACCGUGGGAUGUGGUUGGUAUCGCUAAGAAAACACCGAUGGAAGCGGAGAAAGGCGCAAGUGUUUGA